UGUGGAGAGAGAGGGAAUAAUAGAAAGCGUAUCAGAAAGCGAAAAAAGUGGUUGCGAAAGUAGUGAAAUCGACGAUUUAUCCACAGAGAGGAAAACUCCAGAUCAGUAAAUCCAUCUCAAAUUAUAUAAUAACUGUAUCCAUUUUUUUUUUAAAUCGUGUGUAGGCUAAAGCGGUCAGAUCCGAUCAUGGGUCUCCCGACGCUAGAGUUCAGUGAUUCUUUCCUGGACAGCCCGGAGUUUAGAGAACGGCUUCGGUGUCACGAAAUAGAACUUGAACGGACCAACCGAUUCAUCAAACACAUAAUUAAAGACGGAAACAUGCUCAUAUCCGCGCUGAGAGGUUUGUCUCAGGCGGUUGAGAAGUUUUCACAGUCACUUCAAGAGUUCCAGUUUGAGUGUAUUGGAGAUGCAGAGACAGACGAUGAGAUCAACAUAGCCCAGUCUCUGAAGGAGUUCUCUCAGCUGUUGAAUACUAUGGAGGAAGAAAGAAGUCGCCUGAUCCAAAAUGCAGAUGAUCUGUUGAUAUCCCCUUUGGAGAAGUUUAGGAUAGAACAAAUUGGAGCUGUGAAGGAAGGUAAGAAACAGUUUGAUAAGGAGACAGAGAAGUAUUAUUCUGUUCUGGAGAAACAUCUCAGCCUUUCCCCUCGCAAGAAGGAUACCUUAUUACAGGAGGCUGAUAACCAGGUGAACAGGGAGCAGCAGGUGUUCUAUGAUGCCUCUCUUCAGUAUGUCUUCAAGAUACAGGAAGUCCAGGAGAGGAAGAAAUUUGAGUUUGUUGAGCCGCUCCUGGCCUUUCUCCAGGGACUCUUCACAUUCUACCAUGAAGGAUAUGAGCUGGCCACAGAGUUUGGACCCUACAAACAGCAGCUACAAUACAACCUGCAAAACACCCGUAAUAACUUUGAGAGUACCCGUGCUGAGGUGGAGCGUUUGAUGAAGAGGAUUAGAUCAGCAGAGCCAGACAUUAAAGCACCUGGCCCCUUCACCAUGGAGGGCUACCUCUACAUUCAGGAGAAACGGGCUCUGGGCAGUGCUUGGAGCAGACACUACUGUACAUUUGAGAAAGGCUCUAAGAUGUUCACCAUGAGAAGCAGCCCUGACUCCAAACAGAACGGCCUGGUGAGCAGUGGAUCAGAGGUCUUCAGGCUGAGGUCUUGUGUCCGGAGAAAGACAGACUCCAUCGACAAACGCUUCUGUUUUGACAUUGAGGUGGUGGAAAGGCAUGGUAUAAUCACUCUGCAGGCUCUCUCUGAGUCCAACAGACGACUGUGGCUGGAAGCUAUGGAUGGGAAGGAACCUAUCUACACUCUUCCAGCACUGCUAAGCAAGAAGGAGGAGACAUUCCUGAACGAGGCUGGUUUUAACUUUGUGAAGAGAUGUAUCGAGCUGGUGGAAAUGAGAGGCAUGUCCACGCUGGGUCUUUAUCGGGUGGGAGGAGUCAGCUCCAAGGUCCAGCGCCUCAUGACUAUGGUUUUUGCCCCUAAAACCCCUCCCAACCUGCAACUGGACCCUGAUAUCUGGGACAACAAGACUAUAACGAGCGGACUAAAGAACUACCUCAGGUGUCUAGCUGACCCUCUGAUGACCUACAGACUACACAAUGACUUCAUACUGGCUGCCAAGUCAGAUGACCCGCAGUACCGUGUGAGGGCGGUCCACGCUCUCGUCUACAAACUACCUGACAGAAACAAAGACAUGCUGAACCUCCUGACCAAACACUUGCUGGCUGUGUCAAGUCACAGUGCGGCCAACCUGAUGACAGUGUCUAACCUUGGGGUGAUUUUUGGUCCCACGUUGAUGAGGUCACAGGAAGAAACGGUGGCGGCCAUGAUGAACAUCAAGUUUCAAAACAUCGUAGUGGAAAUUAUUAUAGAGAACCACCACAAGAUCUUUGAGGAGCCCCCUGACCCAUCAGUGCCCCUACCCCAGCCCCCUCGCUCUGUUCCCCGCAGGAACAAGGCCAUCUGUCUGUCGACUGGCAACAGGAAGUCCCGCCUCCUCUACCGUCCCACACUCUGCCUGGCGGACAACGAUAGUGAUACCUUCAGCAGUAGUCCCAGUAGCACCCCCAUGGGCAGCCGGGAGUCUCUGUCUUCACAUUCCUCUGAACAGACACCAUCCUCUUCCUCGCCUCUCACCCCUCUUCCCUCCUGCCCCCUGUACUCUCCCUCCCGUUCCUCCUCCAACCGCUCAAACAGCAGAGAGGACAGGACGCAAACAGUCAGCGCCUCCUCUUCCCUGCGCUUAAGCCCAUCUGACAAAGAGAGCUCCUGUUCCUCAUCUCCUCUAAAGGAGAACUCCUCCUCCUCUUCCUUCCAUCACCUCAAAGUCCAGCACACCCAUUCCUCUGCCUCCUCCUGCUCCUCUCAACUCCUGCCAGUGGAAAGGAGACCACCUGUUAAAGCGUCUUCACCUUGUCCUAUGAAGGAGGACAAAACUCCUCCCUCUUCCUGCUCCUCCUCACCAGUGAAGGAAAACACAGCUCCCUCCUCUUCCUGCUCUUCCAUUCCAGUGAAGGAGAACACAGUUCCCCCCUCUUCUUGCUCCUCCUCUCUAGUGAAGGAGAACACAGCUCCCCCCUCUUCCAGAUCCUCCCCUGUGAAAGAGGACACAGCUCCCCCCUCUUCCUGUUCUUCCUCUCCUGUGAAAGAGCCUAGAGCAGCAUACAGAACUCCCUCCUCUCUUCAUCAGAGCACCUCCUCUGUCAGAGAGAACAGACCACUGCAGUGCAGCUACUCCAGCCCCUCCUAUUCUCACAUGAAGGAGGUGAAAGGACCAAAGAGCAGAGACCGCAAGUCUUCUCCUUUAAAUGAGUCUGUUCACAGAACCGCCUCCUCCAGCUCGUUAGCAGAGGGCCCCCCGAGUCCUCUGGAGUACACAGCCAUACGGCGGAUCUCCUCCAGGGAGCAGAAAGGAGCCGAUAGCAUGUCCUGCUGGCAGGACCCUAGAGCCUCUGACAGGACUCCCUCUUCCUCCUGCUCAUCGCUUUUUCAGUACCACCUCUCCUCCUCCUCUUCUCUCACCUCCCUUCACAUCUCAGAAGACUAUCAGAGUUGCCACAGUUCAGUUCAGAGUCUGAUGUCACUGGAUGCACUGGACACGCCACACACACUCAUACGGAACGGCUCAAACACGCACUUGCGAAAUGGCUCAUUAACACACAAGCGGAAUGGUUCAUACACACCAGGCGUCCCCCUGAAACACAGCAACGGCUAUGAGAGGCCUGGAGCUCUGAAAGCCAGAGCCCUGUACUCCUGUGAGGCAGAACACAGUCAUGAGCUCAGUUUCCCCCAGGGGGCGCUGUUCACCAACGUGUAUCCGUCAGUAGAACCAGGCUGGCUCCAGGCAACACUUGAUGGCAAGACAGGACUGAUUCCAGAGAACUACGUCAUCUACAUUUAAUAAAUGCCAUGAACUUCAACCUCUGAUCCCUAAACCCUCCAAGCCCAGGGGUAAUUAACAUGCCGUUCAACAAACAGUCCCUGUGGCCCCUGGCAAUUCAUAGAUUUACCAUAAAAAAUAUUUGUAAUUAUUUUUUAAAGAGGACAAAAAAUUUGUCACAUAAACAUUUAGUUAGAAAUGGAGCCUCAUAUCCAAGAAUAAAUAUUCUACUAAAACAUUCCAGAGGCCACAUUUCUUAAGGGAUGGCUGCUACAGGAAAAACACAUGAUAACUGCUGAAGUCAUUAGUAGUAUUUUAUAGUUGUUUUAUAAUUGUAAUUCUAAAAACUAAAACACUGGUUUUAGUUUUAGCAGAAUAAAAAAUAUAUUGAUUACCAUCAAGGUUUCGGUACUCUAAGUCUUAUGUAUCUAUUUCACUAUUUCAUUUGAUCUAGGUAGGUAGCCUAUCAGAUUAUUUUUUGAGGAACAUUAUUUACUUUUUUUUGGAGUGUAGUUCAUAAAGUAAUAAAAGUAGCACAUAACGUAUUUACUGCAUAUUUACUAUUACACUAUAGUUAGAUAUGUUUUAUAAUAUUAUGUAUAUGUUGGAGGUUUUAUUGUCACUGUAACUGUGUCUGGUCCACUGUCUGUAUGGUCCACUGUCUGUAUGGUCCACUGUCUGUAUGGUCCACUGUCUAUAUGGUCCACUGUCUAUGUGGUCCACUGUCUGUAUGGUCCACUGUCUAUAUGGUCCACUGUCUAUAUGGUCCACUGUCUAUGUGGUCCAUUGUCUGUAUGGUCCACUGUCUGUAUGGUUCACUGUCUGUAUGGUUCACUGUCUGUAUGGUCCACUGUCUAUAUGGUCCACUAUCUAUAUGGUUCACUGUCUGUAUGGUUCACUGUCUAUGUGGUCCACUGUCUAUGUGGUCCACUGUCUGUAUGGUUCACUGUCUGUAUGGUUCACUGUCUGUAUGGUCCACUGUGUGUACGGUCCACUGUGUGUUUAUGGUUCACUGUCUGUAUGGUUCACUGUCUGUAUGGUUCACUGUCUGUAUGGUCCACUGUGUGUACGGUCCACUGUGUGUACGGUCCACUGUGUGUACGGUCCACUGUGUGUACGGUCCACUGUGUGUACGGUUCACUGUCUGUAUGGUUCACUGUCUGUACGGUCCACUGUCUAUAUGGUUCGCUGUCUAUAUAUUAUUUCUGUAUAUAUUUUUUCAUUUAACUAAAUGGAGGGAGCUAUGCUGCUGGCUUACUCCAAGCCUAUAAACCUGAACCCUUAGUCCAUAAACCUGAACCCUUAGUCCAUAAACCUGAACCCUUAGUCCAUAAACCUGAACCCUUAUCCUUUAAACCUUGAACCUAAGUCACUACCCCGUAAACUUGAACCCCUAGUUUAUUAACCUGAAACCCUAGUCUAUUAACCUUAAUUCUUAAUCCCAU